GAUGCUCAUAUAUAUAUAUAUAUAUAUAAUCAAACUUAAUUUACAGUAGGAAUAAUGGAAAUGUCUUCCCACCUUCAAGCAAUUGGAAGCUUAUUUGCUUUUCUUCUUCUUUACAAAAUAUGGAUAAGUAUCAGAAGCCACCAUGACAAGAGCAAAGAGAACAAAUUGCCUGAACCAAAGGGUUGGUGGCCAUUAAUAGGUCAUCUUCACCUUCUUCGAGGAGACGUUCCAGCUUUUCGAACACUUGCAGCCAUUGCAGACAAAAAUGGUCCAAUCUUCAGAAUUCAGCUUGGUACGAAACAAGCAAUAGUUGUGAGUAGCUGGGAAACUGUUAAGGAAUGCUUUAGUCCCGCCAAUGACAAAGUUUUCCUGACUCGUCCAGCUUCUGCUGCUUCAAGAUAUUUGGGUUAUGGAAAUGCUUUUUUCGGUCUAACCACCGACGUAAAAUAUUGGCGACAUAUUCGUAGAAUAGCAAACGUCCAGGUUCUUUCCAACCGCCGCCUCCAGCUCCUCAAGGAUGCAAGAGCUUCAGAAGUGGAGGCAUGCAUCAAACACCUUCAUUCGGUUUGUUGCGAAAGCAAUAAUGUUGUUGACAUUGGUAGGUGGUUUUCGACGGUUGUUCUGAACAUUAUUGUCCGAAUGGUAGCAAGCAAACGGUAUAGCAACGACGAGAAGGACGAGGAAUCAAAGAGAUUCAUACAAGCUAUACAUGAAUUCAUGCAUUUAAGUGGGGUUCUAGUGGUGUCCGAUGUUAUUCCGGGGAUUGAAUGGUUGGAUUUGCUGGGGCAUAUAGCGUCUAUGAAGUGUAUUGCUAAGGAAUUGGACGAAAUCAUUAGUAGUUGGCUGGAAGAGCACCUUCAAAACAGGAAAGAUGAAGGCCGUGAUUUUUUAGACGAAAUGGUUUCAUCCAUGGCUGAUGAUGAUGCUUCCAUUUAUGGAUACAAGACCCAAAAUGUCAUCAAGGCAACAGCACUGUAUUGCUCAACUGCCUCGGCCACAAAUUGUGUUAUGCAGAAUCUAAUCAUAGCCAGUACAGAUUCCACAUAUCUGACCUUAGUUUGGGCACUUUCACUGCUACUGAACCAUAUCCAGGUCCUGAAAACAGUACAAGAAGAGCUGGACAUUCAUGUAGGAAAAGAAAGGUGGGUGGAAGAAGCAGACCUAAAGAAUCUGGUCUACCUCCAAGCCAUCGUCAAGGAAACACUACGAUUAUACCCUCCUGGUCCCCUCUCGGUACCACACGAAUCCAUGGAAGAUUGCUACGUUUCAGGUUAUCACAUCCCAAAAGGAACAAGAUUGUUGGUCAACAUAUGGAAGCUGCACCGUGACCCACGAGUUUGGAAAUCAGACAACCCUGAGGAGUUCAAACCAGAGAGAUUUCUGAGUGUGCAUGCAGAUUUAGAUGUACGAGGUCAGAAGAACUUUGAGUAUAUACCAUUUGGUUCAGGUAGAAGAUCAUGCCCUGGAAUUUCAUCUGCCAUGCAAAUGGUUCCUUUAAUUCUGGGCCGUCUUCUUCAGGGCUUCAACAUUCAUACACCCAUGAAUGAACCAGUUGACAUGACUGAAGGCCAAGGCCUGACCAUGGCUAAGGCUAAACCGCUGCUUGUAAUGCUUAAUCCUCGUCUUUCAAAUGUACUGUAUUAAUUAGCCUUUGGUUAAAUUAAGGGGAAUAAAUAAUGUAUCAAAAAGCGUAUUGUAAUGCUUAAUAUAACUUUUCUAAUGAAUAUAAAAUGAAAAAUCAGUUUACAAAAAUUA